AUGACAAUUUUACAGCGUGACAAAAUAAUUGCCCUAAAUGAGCGAAAUGGUGAAAUAAAUCAACCUGAUACACCAGCUUUACUUUCUAGACCAUCAACAUCUACGUUUGUUGAGGUUGAAAGGGAUAAUUUUCAAAUAGUUGAACCUGAAACAUCCUUACAAAUACAGCCUAUGCUAAGGCAAAAACAAAUGGUUUUAUCUAACAGAUUUCUUGCACCUUCAGAUCAACAAGUUUCAGAGUUUUAUAAAGCAAUAGUCAAGAUGAUUGCUGAAGAUCUACAACCAGUAUCAAUUGUUGAAAACUCUGGUUUUAGACAUUUAGUUAAACUUUUGGAUUCUAGAUACCAAAUACCUAGUAGAAGAGCUCUUGGUAGAAGUAUUAUACCAAAUAUAUAUGCUGAGGUUAAAAAUAAAAUACAAGUUCAACUGAAUGAUGCUAAAUACAUAUCAGUAACCACCGACAUCUGGACAUCAAUCAAUACUGAUUCAUUUAUUACAAUUACAUUAACUGAAAGCCAUACUGCAGUUUAUCUGUCUGAAAUCAUAACUACAGAAUUAAAUAAAUUUGAUAUUUUUCAUAAAGUUGUGGCUAUAGUGACCGAUGGAGGGAGAAAUAUAAAUGCUGCAGUUAGGCUUAUGAACAUCCAACAUAUUCCCUGUACAGCACAUAAAUUAAAUUUAGUUGUGAGAAAUGCUCUAAGUUUAACAGAUAAUGAUAUAAAUGUAAAUGGAAAUAUUGAAAAUAAUGAUGAUGGCAGUUCUGAUAGUCGACUAAAAGAAAUUUUGAAAAAGUGUCGUAAUAUAGUUGGAUUUUUUAAACGCAGCGAAAAAGGCAAUAGAAAAUUAGUUGAAAAGCAACAACAAAUGGGUCUACAAAAUAUUUUGAAACUUAAACAAGAUGUAUGUACGAGGUGGAACAGUACACUAGUGAUGAUGGAAAGGUUAGUACAAUUAAAAGAACCUAUUACAAUUGUAAUAAUGACGUUAAAAGAAGCACCACCAAAUCUAUCACCUGAUGAAUGGGAUGUAGUGGAGGAUUGCAUUCCAUUGCUAAAACCAUUUCACAGCAUUACUGUGGAACUAUCAGCUGAAGAAUAUCCGACGAUUUCCAAAGUUAUACCACUUAUCCGAGGAUUACAGAUUGCAUUAACUAAUAAAGAUCCCUCAACAAUAAUUGGAAUAUUAUUAAAAUCUAAUCUCCACGAAAAUAUUAGAUCACGUUUUCAAGGAAUAGAAAAACAAUCAUUGAUUCCUCAUUUCGGUCGAGCAACAUUACUUGACCCUAGAUGUAAAAAAGUGGCAUUUAAAAAUGAACAAAAUGCUUCUGAUGCUGAAGCAUCAAUAACAGCAGAAGUAGCCAGUCUAUUAAACACCCCAAUUCCUGAACCAGAAGUUGUUCAUCCUGUACAAACAGAAACAGAAGACCUUUGGGGAUUUUUAACAACAAAGGUGAAUGAUAUGCAAAGUCAAUCAACAACAACAAGUAGUGCAAUGGUUUUAGUUAAACAAUAUUUAGGUAUGCCAUAUCAAGAUCUUUCUUGCAAACUUGCAGAAUAUUGGGAAAAGCACAAGACACUGUUGUAUCCAUUAAAUGAAGUGGCAUUAAAAUAUGCAUCAAUACCUGCUACAUCAGUACCUUCAGAACGUAUAUUUUUCAAGACCGGUCAAAUUAUGUCAGCUAGACGCAACAGAUUGUUGCCCGAAAAUCUGGAUACACUUGUUUUUCUUAAUAAAAAUAUGUAA